UCUGGCUGAAACAAAGCAGCUCCUCUCUCUCUCUCUCUGUUCCAGCCUUACUGUCUGCAGAACCCCAAGCUGCUGGACUGCUGAGUGAGUGACACACAAGAGUUUACAGAGAGUUUGAAUGAUAACACUCUUCAUUUUGGAUCUAACCAUGACGCCUCUUAUACUCUUAAUUCUGCACGGUAAAUGUCCACUACAAUAUUUCUACAUUUAUAUUUAGUCCAUAAAGAGAUACCAUUUUGCACCUGUUUAAGAAAAAAAUUGCUUUUCCAAAAAAAAAGUUUAUCACAUACUGAUCUGGACGUCGUACAGCUUGUAAGUGCCGGGAUCCUGGAGAGUAACGGUUCGUGCGAUUUUGAGGAUGACACUUGCGGCUACGAGUCAGACCCCGGUAGUGAUCGGUGGAUUGUAAAUUUACAAGGCCGCUAUAUCUACAUGGAAGGUUCUCAUCACAAUGGAAAAGUGGGCCUCCUUACCAGCCCUGGACUCCAUGCGCUGGGAGAAAGCUGCGUGAGGCUUGUAUAUCAGCUAACUGGUACAGAUGCUGGAAGAUUGAAUAUGUACUUUCGACCAGAAGGAAACAGCUUUGAUUUUCUGCUCUGGUCUGCCAGCCAACCAUCUGACAGCUGGAAAAUUGCUAGUAUAGGCGUCAGCAACAUAACAGAUAAAUCCAAGAUCAUUCUAGAAGGUGUAGUCAGUCCAGACCCAAAGGCUAGCAUUGCAGUUUUUGAAAUCAACAUCACUCCUGGCUAUUGCAUUGUAUGUACCUUCGAGGAAAACCACCUCUGUGGCUAUAACAAUAGAUGGAAUCCAAACCUGAACUGGCUGGUUGGUGGAGGGUCAGUCCGAGAUUCACCAACAAGCCUACCUACUGAUCACACUUGGGACAAUGAAUAUGGUCACUAUAUGUACGUCGAUGCUAUUUACACCACAAGUUUACAUGAAGUGGCUCAGUUAAUGUCACCGGUGACCACUUCUGCCCUAUCUGGAUGCCUGUCCUUCUAUUACCAACUUGAACAGACUCGAUCCAAUUUAUUUGUCGUCUACACCAAGGACAGAAUGGGACAUUAUGAGGAGGUGUGGAGGGCAAAUCAAUCUACACACAAUUGGAGUAUGGUAAAAGUGAAUGUUAAAGCAUCACAUCCAUUUCAGAUUGUGUUUGAAGUCGCUUUCAGCAGCACAAAAGGAGGUUACGCCGCACUGGAUGAUAUUUCUUUCUCUUCACAGUUCUGCAAUAAUAAAACAGAGCUUGUCUUCGACCCAUCUGUGGCAAAUUGCAACUUCGAUCAAGAUCUGUGCAAUUAUUCCCAAAACCACAGAGAUGGGACCAAGUGGACGAGACUAGUUCGAAAACCCAAUGCGUUCCGAUUUGGAGACCAUACAAGUGGAGAAGGUGGCUUUCUAAUUUCCAAUGCAAGGUUUGGAUACCAGCAGGAGUAUGUCUCUCAUCUGGCAGGCCCUGUUUUACUCGCCAAUCUCCAGUACUGCUUGCGAUUCUUUUACGCACUGAAUCAUUUUAUCACAGAGGAUGCCCUCGCAGUCUACAUCUACGAUGAAGAAGACCACAUGCAAGAAAAGAUCUGGUCCAUCCCCAAAUCACACACUGGAAUGUGGAUUCAAGCAGAAGUUAACUAUCGAAAACAAGAGCCCACUAAGAUAGUUUUUGUCAGCGUUUGUAAGAAUUUCUGGAACUGUGGAAAAGUAGCAUUGGAUGACAUCACAGUGAGCCAAGGAGACUGUCGGAUUCCUGGAGGUUCCUGGCUGCCUGCUCCAGGAAAGUGCAAUUUUGAUGUGGAUAAUUGUGGAUUCAUCCAGGAUCAUAAUGACAAAGGUCACUGGUACAGAAGGACAGGGGCAACACCAACAUCCUUCACAGGACCAAAAGGAGAUCACACUACAGGGGUAGGGCGCUACAUGUACAUAGAGGCCUCUCAUAUGAGACAUGGAUACAAUGCACGCUUGUCAUCAUGGCAAAUACGCGGAUUCACUGGUGACCAGUGUCUGACAUUCUUCUACCAUAUGUACGGACUUGGAACUGGAUCGCUGAACGUUUACUUAAAGAAAGAGAAUGCGCCAGAAACUCUCUUAUGGAAAAGAGGAGGGGAGCAGAGUAUAUCUUGGAUGAAAGCCUCCAUAGAAUACAAGUGUGAGCAAAACCAUCAGAUUGUUUUCGAAGCGAUUCGUGGUCUGUCAACACACAGCGACAUUGCAAUAGAUGACGUUUUAUUUCAAAAUGGACCGUGUGAAGAACUGAGAAAAACUUCACCACAUGAUCCAGAAUCUUCAAAUCAACCAGAUUGGUACAGCUUUUACGCUUGAAUUGGGAUUCUAUCAAGAUAGGCUGUGGAGCAACAACACAAGGAAGACUUGCGUUAAUGAGGAGCUUGCCUUGGAUCUUGUAGAAGUUGUAAAUGAUUUUUGGCCUUCAUCAGAAAGAAGAAUUCAAUUGAUUUGAAUGACUCCUUGCUGAAUAUUAAAACAGAUACAUGUGUUACUUCUGUUAGUGAAGAUGUAGUAGCCACAGGCUCCUUAAUGUUUUCUUUAGUAGAUGAAAAUACCCAGUAUUCGUAAGUACUGAAGAACUGUAAAUAUUCAACAUUUUGCAAAAUGAUGGAAGAUGGGAUCGUUAGCACUGUUUGAGUUUUUUUUUAAAGGGUAUUAUGACUGCAGUUAGCAAUUCCUUUCUGCAACGUACUAUGAGGUCACAUGCUAAUUGUGUUCUAUAUUUAUCCAGUUCAAAUAAAGAUGUGAGAAAAC